GAAAAUUCAAGUCCGAGGGGCCGAGCAACAAUGACGUUCGUUACGUCGAAUCUCCCUUCCGGUUAUUUUCACCUCUCCUCCUCUUCUUCUCUUCUUCUCCUUUACCACUCUCCUCUCUUUUGCUUUUCGUCACUACUUUGUAAACGUAACUCAAUUCAAUUGAUACAUAAAAAUCCAUACCAACCAUGGCUGCCUCUCUUAUCCGUACCUCUGCCCGUGCCACUCUUCGCGCUGGAGCUUCGGCUACUCCCAAAGCUGCGGGUGUUGCGGGUUUGACCUUUGCCCGUGGCAAGGCCACUCUGCCUGACCUGGCUUAUGACUAUGGCGCCCUUGAGCCCUCUAUCUCCGGAAAGAUCAUGGAGCUUCACCACAAGAACCACCACCAGACCUAUGUCAACAGCUACAACGCCGCCAUCGAACAGCUCCAGGAGGCUAUCGCCAAGGAGGACAUCACCACCCAGAUCAACCUCAAGCCCCUGAUCAACUUCCACGGUGGUGGCCACAUCAACCACACUCUUUUCUGGGAGAACCUUGCCCCUAAGAGCCAGGGCGGUGGUGAGCCCCCAUCUGGAGCUUUGGCCAAGGCCAUCGACGACAGCUUCGGCAACUUGGGAGAGUUCCAAAGCAAGAUGAAUGCCGCCCUCGCUGGCAUUCAGGGAAGCGGAUGGGCUUGGCUCGUUAAGGACAAGCAGACCGGAAAUAUCGGAAUCAAGACCUAUGCCGUAAGUUCCUCCUUAUGAGCGCCUCAGGAUACAGGUAGCUGACUUCCGACCAGAACCAGGACCCUGUCGUUGGCCAGUUCCAGCCUCUUCUCGGCAUCGAUGCUUGGGAGCACGCCUACUAGUAAGUUUUCUUUAACAGAAUGUCUCCUGGGCAAUAACUAAUACCGGGUUAGCCUUCAAUACCAGAACCGCAAGG